CCCGUCCCUCGCGUCGGCAUGUAAACAACACUGACAGGAACCACAUUUUGAUGACACGAAAGAAGCGGAACAAAUAUUAGGUUUGCCUUGACACUUUUGGAGGAGAAAGGAAAGAGCCUGAAGACUGUGACACGAUAAAGUUAUAAAAUCAAGCAACACUGAAUAAAAAACGGAAGAAAAUAGCCCAUAAAGAAGGCGUGCCGCCGUUCAUCCGGGAGUGUUAUCGCACGCCAGCCUGGCCGGGCGACCAUGACCUCCCGGCUCCUCGGCUUGCUGGCGUGGGGCGUGUGGGCGGCGGCGUGGGGCGCGGCGGAGGCUGAAAACAACAAGUUCACCGAGGAGUUGCUGCUGCGGCCACUCGCCUCCGGGCACAUCCACUCCCACUUCGAGUUCACGACGACGUGGUACUCGCCGGAGGUCAGCGAGGCCAUCCAGCACUACCGCGACUUUGAGUUUGCCCAUUAUGACCUGUUUCCUCGUGCUCUUGGGGAGGUGGUUGAGCGCUAUCACGUGCGAGAGUUGCACCUCAGCUUGACGCAGGGGCUGUGGCGGCACCGGAAAUGGGGCUACCCAGUGGUGGACGCCCCUCCAGGAGCCCAGCUGUGGGUCUGGUUCACGCCCACUACAGACAACCUGGACCAGACCUGGAGAGACUUGGUAAAUGCCCUCAGUGGCCUCAUAUGUGCCUCACUCAACUUCAUCGACUCCACCAACACCGUCUCCCCAGAGCUGAGCUAUCGGCCGCAGGGUGUGGCUGACUCCUGGUAUGCCAACAAUUCAUCGUACAUGCGCUACGCUGCUCUUCCUCGGGAAAACGUGUGCACGGAGAACCUGACGCCAUGGAAGAAGCUGCUGCCCUGUGAUGCUCAGGCUCAAAGGGCCAGCGGGAUGGAAAUGAGCACUGCCGCCACACACAGUGAUAGCAGUGGUUUGGCUUCACUGCUUCACCCAGGGCCCCUCUACACCUCCCAUUACCACAGCCUCUCCCUCCACCUCAGGCCCUCGUGCCAGGAUGCAGAGUGCAAGAGUGCCCAGCUAGAGCUAGUGCAGGCGUUGUCCCUGGUGCAGCUGCCAGACUCCCUGGGGGAAGGUUUCCAGGACUGGGUCCUGCAUCACCUCUUCUCUGUGCCUCUCAUCUACUCCUGUCCACUGGCCGACAUCUCGAGGAUCUAUGUGGAUCUCACUGACAAUGAGGACAUGAAGAAAUUUACCCUUGAUCCGGAGCCCCACUUUGUGGAGGAAAGUGGGAGUGGACCCAGCCAUCGUCGCCUGGCAGUGUAUGACACCCAUGAGGCCCUAAAUGGAGACCCCUUCAGCAUAGAGGCCACCUACUCAGACCACCACAUCUACGGGGUGGUGUCCCCCCCAGUCCUGCAUGUGUCCCGCUUCAUCACAGGGUAUGGGCAGGAGGGAGGGAGCAUCACCGUCAAGUUCACCAACACUGGGUACGAGCCCCUCACAGUGGUGUACCUGGAGGUGGUCCCCUGGUACCUGCGCCUCUUCCUCCACACCUCACACUCUUCCACCCAGCUGGAGUCAAUGUAUGUGGCCAAGCUGGUGACAGCACGCGACCGAGAGCUGCCAUGGCUGUAUGAGGCAGUGCUGGAGUUAAAGCCAAGGAGCACCCGAGAAUUGAGUCUCGAGUUCAACCGGGCACUACUGAAGUGGCUUGAGUACCCACCUGAUGCUAACCAUGGCUUUUAUGUUCCUGCGGCAACUGUCUCUACUGUCCUUCCUUCACCACGUAAUGUCUCCGUCAACUCCCUCAAUGAGUCAACACUAAAUAAAAAGUUGCUUGUGCGUGAUGGCGAGAGCUUUGUGCGCAUCCACACGGAGACCCUCCUGGUGAGCCUCCCCACUCCAGACUUCUCAAUGCCCUACAACGUGAUCUGUCUGGCCUGCACUGUGGUUGCCCUCGCGUUUGGCCCAAUUCACAACAUUACCACAAAGAAAUUGGUGCCGAAGAAAGUGGAAGUCAAGGAGUCCCAUCUUACCCGCAUGGUCAAUAAAAUCAAAGGGCUGUUCAGGAGAAUUUCCAAAACAGAAGAAGGAGCAGGUAAGACUCCUGCAGCAGAGCCAGUUGUUGUGGAGGAGAACCCACUCUAUGAAGACAGGGAAGAGCUGGAGGACAUCAUGGAGGAAGAGGAGGAGGAGGAGGAACAGGAAGAUGAAAAGGGCUCUUGUAAGCCUAGUGAGAGAAACACCAGGAAGGACAGAUGAAUGGGUGUAAGUAUAGUUAGAAACAGGAAAGCUGUAAGAUAGAUCAGUAUCGCGUUGUGAUAUACCUAAAGGGCAUCAGUCAUUUUUUCAGUACAUUAUUAUUUUCAAGUGUGUCAGUAAAUAAGUUGUGAUGCAUGGAACAUUUUUAUUAUUGAGAUAUUUCCACACAAUUUAUUUCCCAAGGAAGUAAAAGCACCAGUAUUGAGUAGGAGUUAGUUAAGGGUAGUUGUAGAUGCAGUAGUAGUUGCAGCAUUAGUACAACUAACUCUUUAUUGUCAUGAUAGAAAAAGGUUCAUUGACCAACUACAUGUGUGAGACUUUCCCACCAUUCCAUCAGUCUCUCCAGCCUUUAUAUUGAUAGAGGAAAGUGAUGCUGAACACAUUAAUGCUUUCCAUAAAUUUGGGUAAAAUAUCCUGAAGCUACACGGGUGUAAUGGUAGGACCUGAUAAUGUAACAGAAAUGCAUUUGAAAAAAAUAAGACCCAAGCAGACUGCACAUUUGCCUCAGCCACACAGUUACAAAAGUUAUGCUUUGAUACACAUUUAAUCUCCUUCAGUUGUUGUAAGGAGUGCACAGAAGUGCUUUACUACUAAUAGUGAAACUGAUACAGCUUAGGGAGGUUAUGAAAUUAUUAUUAUUUCGUUUCUGGAUGUAUGUGUGGCUUGUAUUUGAAAUAUCCUAAUUAUCUGCCAAGGGAAUUUGUAAGAUAACUUCAUGCUUUAGAGUGAAAUAUUAUUGUGUGUUGUGGAAAAGAGUUUUGCCUUUAUACAUAAGUACUGCAGCAAAACCUUUCAAAUGGUCAUGAAUAUUUCAACACAGUUCAGACCAUUAAUUGUUCAUAAGACACAUGAUUACUGUCAAUAAAACAAAAGGUGGUAUCUACGAGGCCAAAGUAACUUCUGUAUCCUUGUUCUGGUGGAAGUUGUUCCAUUGGAAAGAGUAAUGUUAAGCAGGAGCUCAGUGGUAGUACCAGAACCGGGAAUUUCUCUUUGUUAAUAUUCAUGAUAAGUAGUACUCAUUUAAAAGGAAGUGUAUACAUUGGGCUAGGAUUAAGAUGUGAAGAGGAUGUACUGUGGUAUCAUACAGUAGAUAGGUAAUGGGCUGAUGUAAUAAUAUUUACUUUGUUAAUGCUGCCAUAUUCCAUCAUGACCAGAUGGUUAUUCUUCAUGGUCACUCUAUCCCUUCUGGUUACUCUUCAUGCAGGCAGCCGCUCCCCUGUGCAAUGUGAUUCAUGUCAUGUAGAUACUUAUGUCAGAUCUGUGGCAGAUCAGCUUUUAUGCUAAAAUUGGUAUCUAAUUUUAAGAAAAUUAAGAUUUCAAUACUGUGAUUCCUUCAUGGGUUUUUGCCUGAAAACAUUUACUCCACCAAAGAAUCCGGUCAUCUAACCCAUUUGAUGCAUGGGGCACUAAUGUGUUCAGUACCAUGGGGCUCUAUGGACCUGGACAUGUGAACUUGUAAUUUAGAUGUAUAUUUGUAGUUAAAAGCAGUUGUUUGAAUACUUAAUUUUAUAUUUGCAAACUAACCAUUUUGAAACUUUUGUGUGCCUCUGUAUCUGAGUAUUUUCUAAGGAUAAUGUUUAACAAAUCAAUGCCAUUAAAAUUUGACAUUCCAUUUUGUA